AUGCCGUCUUUCGUCGACCUCCCAGUCGAGCUGGUUGAGGAGAUUGCCAGCUACUUGGAUCUCGGAAGUCUCUGCGCGUUGCGGUUGAUUCGCAAGGACUUUAUGGACGAAUCCUUCCGAUACGUUGCUGACCGCCACUUGAACGUCUAUAACCUUUGCGGAUACCAUCACGAAGAGGUCGUAAAGGAACAACCUUUCUACCACUACGCGGCCAACCUUCUUGCCACUGCCGAGUGGAUAGAGGAAGGCAUGGGUUUUAAACACGUCGCACGUAUAGCAGAACAUGACAAGCUCAGCCUGGAGGUCAAGACGCUGGUACUUGGCAGUUGGGAGCUGGGCCCGCGCUGGAUUUAUGAAGGAUUGUCCAGUCUAUCGGACGAAGAACGGGUCAUCUAUGACAAGAUCGUCAGCAGCUGGGAGGAUUCCGCGGUCGAAGGUUUCUCUACUGCCAUAUUGGCCUCAACUAUAGCCAAGUUUCCGAACCUCGACGCGCUAUACCUCGGAGAUGAUUUCUGUCGGCUACAUGGUUUCAAAUGGGCUAAGUCCUCGUUGUGCGUCGAAGACCCGUACAGGCCAAACAGUUACCAGGCUUGGGACCCGGUGAACCAGUUCAUACCGGCCAUCAUCGCCAUCGCCGCUUCGGGCAUGAAUAUUAAGACGCUCCAUUGCAGCGAGAACGCUAGAUUCGACUGGACCUGCAUGGCGGCCAUGCCAGAACCGAAGAUCCAGCAUCUGCGACCCGCUCUCAACAACCUACGGAGCGUGAAAUUCUGGGUAUGCGACAAUCUUGACGGUGGCCCCAGCCCGAGCGAUGACUGGCUUUGGCGGUUGUUAUCUGCAAUGCCGUCGCUAGUCGAGCUCGGUCUUGCUGGAUACACUGACUGUACGCGCGAAGCUACGGCUGAAAUCACCUCGGACUUCAUGGCUCAGCUCGCCCUUGUCUCCUUCCCGCAACUAGAGCAUGUCGAACUCUUCCAGCUGUGGGGUCGUGCGGAUCAUUUCCAGAAGUUCCUUAACAAUCACAAGCAGUCACUCAAAUCUCUCAACGUCAAAUACCUGAACCUCCGCCGACAUAGGUGUCUUCAGUGGCGGACUAUCUUGGAGUCGUUGAAACGCUUUCCAGUACUCAAUCGACUGUUCAUCGAUGGAGUGUCUGAAGACGGCAAGUCCGUUGACUUUCAUCCGUAUGAGGGCCCUUGGUUUCAGCUGGCGGCGGAACUGCGUCCGGAUUACGAUGCGCUGGCAGACGCAUACGACGACGAAGACUGGUUCAAGCUCCCUGACCGUCGUCACGAACUUGUUGGAGAAGCCAUUCGGCCGGGUCUUGCGAGCAUGAUUGAGUAUUUUCACAACGAGUGGUUGAACUUGUGGGAUGAUCCUUUUAGGCCUGGGUUCCAGCGUUACACCUGGACGGAGAAGAGCUCAGGUUUGGUAGAUAAGCCAAGCGACUCGUCAUGA